ACUCACAUACUUCUUCAUGAAGUUGCUCAUUCCAAUGGACCUCAUUAUACUAUUGGUCCAAAUCCUGAAACCGUUCGAUCUAAAUUGCAAGAAUUUUAUUCUACCAUCGAAGAAGCUAAAGCUGAUAUUACCGGAUUAUUUGCUGCAGCAUUGUUACUAAAGGAAGGACUUUUGACUGCACCAUCUCUCGAACAAUUUUAUGUGACUUAUCUUGCAUCCGCUUUUAGAUCAAUUCGUUUUGGUAUUAAUGAGGCUCAUGGAUUAGGUCAAUGUAUUCAAAUAAAUUAUAUUUUAGAACAGGGUGGAUUCGAAUAUGAUGAAAAGUCAAAAAUAUUUUCUGUUAAUUUCGUAAAGGUAUCCCAAGCUGUAUCAAAUUUAACGAGAGAAAUUUUAAUGAUGCAAGGAGAUG